CCAAGCCUUAAUCCCUCUGAAACAUCCCGCCGAACUAAUUCUAGCGGAGAUUACUGCCCAGCGUGAACGAUUUAAGCAAGAACGGGGAGAACAAUUGACUGCUCUCCAACAACUGAAACAACAACUUAACCAUAUUUUUCACUUGACUCAAUCGCUUCAAACUAGUCCUUUACCUAGUGAAAAGGCUAAAAUUAUUGAGCGGAUGAAACAACUCAACAAGUCUAAUAUGCAAGUAGAAAAGGAUUUUGAAAAGAAGAAUCUAAUCUUUCCGCCCGAAGGAGGAACUCUUUAUGCUUGUAAUUAUUUCAUUAAUGGAUACUCCAUAAAAAGAUUGAUAAUUAGCAAUCAUUAUAAGCAAAAGCACUCUGACUAUAUGGACGAUGAAAAGAUUAUAAAAUUCAUCACCAAGUACUUAGAUGGAGAAAACUUUUAUGAUGAAUUUUUCACUUUAGAACCCAUUUUUUACAAAGAUAAAAAAUACAAACUGAUUUGGUUAUUACAUGAAGAAAUACCUGAUUUUUUAGGCAUUCCCAAUUAUCCACGUUCUAAUAUUGUUUUACCCCAAGAUGCUAGUCCCUUAGAGAGGAGUAAGUAUUCUCUUUGCAAAAGAGUAUUGUUCUAUAAGCAAAAGAAUAACUUACCAAUAGAAGACUUGGCUCAACAAAUCAAUUUAACUAUUCCUGAAGUAGAGGAUAUUCUAUUUGCUCGUAUCAAUCGGUUUACUUUGGAUC